CUGAGUACAUAAUGAUGUCAUUUACUCAAUAAUAACUUAAAUACAAUCAGUAUACUUUUACGUUAGUAGUCGCUCAAAGAAAGUGCUUGCAAUAAUGGCUCUUAUCAUUUUUAUAAUGAUGAUGAUGUGCACAAUAUGUGCCAGUCAAAAUAUAUACGUGAGUGAUGUCAACUUUAGAAUUGAGCCAGGAGAGCGGAUGUGCGUCUAUGAAUCAGGAAAACUUGGACAGAUGCUGGAGGUGUACUAUCAAGUUCUAGACGGACAACAUGGAGACCUGGAUAUAAAUUUCGAAGUGAGCGAAGCUAAAGAAAUCAAACUAGUGUCGGACUUUAAAAAAUCUGAAAAUUCCAUCAUCAUGGACUUGACAGUAGAUGGCGAUUACGCCUUCUGUAUGGACAACACAUUUAGUAUGAUGAAUUCUAAACUAGUAUUUCUGUAUAUCCUCUUGGAAGACAAGCAACCGGCCAGCGACGCCGAAACGGAGGUGGCUGUCGUGGAUGCAGAUGGCUCUGAACAAAAAGAAGUACUAGAAUGGGCCGGAGUCGACGAAAAGGGUGAAACAUAUUACUUGGAACUGGCUCCAAUGGCAGAUUCACUAUCUACGACAUUGGCGCACGUUGUCAAGUCUCGACAUCUGCUCAACAUUUACGCUGCGAGCAAGUCGCGCGACAGUUACAUGGCGUUUGAGGAUACCUUCAUAGUGGAUGUGUGGUCAGGAUUUCAAAUAAGCCUAAUGUUUGUUGUUGGGAUGUUACAAGUUUAUAUGAUCAAGAAAUUAUUCAAUAACGCCCACCAUCAUACAUAUGAUAGUGACCUUAUGUUUUGAUAUAACUAUGGAUUUCAUAGUGUUAUUUAAAUAAAUUAUUUAAAAUUUAUAUGUAUAUCAA